AUGGCCAGCAGUCAUCAUGCGAAUGUUAAGCUCUGUAUGUUAUUCAUUCAAUCUGUUGGUAUCAUGGACAAUAUAAUUUAUGGUCGGCUAGAAAUUUCUCUUCGUUUCAAAGAGAAAGAAGCCGAAAUUCUAGUUCCUCGGCUGCAGAGUUCAUUUGCUGUUGAUGCGAAUGGAAAAUCUUAUCCGUCUAUGCUUUCUACAACAGUUUGCAAUAAAAACUCACUGCGGCUACAAGGAAUGAGAGCGAAUGACAUCGUUUCAACUACAUUCACUACGGAAUUCUUUCUCCAGCUCACUGGUCUUACUAGCUCAGCCUCCGAAACUUCCAGGCGAGUUGACGUCCCUGCCGCAAUGAUCGCAGUAGCUUUGCAGCAAAGUCAUCUUAUCCGUGGUUUGAAUGAACGUCUUGGUCCGCCUCCGUCUCAUGUUAUUCAUGUUGAAAUUGACAUCUUUGAGCGCAGGAGUGGUCAGAAUCACCAGGAAACCCCCACAAAGCGCAAGCAUGCUGGAACAACCUUAAAUGAGAGAGAUGAGCACAAACGCCUGCGUCCAAUGCUUAAGGACCUCGGAACGGUUGAACUGACUGAUAGCGAAGAUUAA